UUCUUUAGCUCUACGUAUCAAAGAAAAUUUUCUCUCCUUUUUUUUUUUUUUCUCUCCAACCAAACAAGAAAAAGAAAAUGAUGAAGAGCGAUGAUAAUGCAAGCAUUGAUGUGGAGUCCAGUGCUGAAUCGAAAGGCAAAGCACCUUUGAUCGGUAAUGGGAAAGAGAAACCGAAUAAGUUGAAGAAAAUAAUGGGCGUUGUGGAUUUUGUUCUGAGAUUAGCCGCCAUAAUUGCAGCUCUGGCCGCCGCAGCCACCAUGGGUACCAGCGAUGAAACCGCAACUUUCUUCACUCAGGUCUUCCGGAUUGAAGCUAGCUAUGAUGAUGUUCCCACUUUCACGUUCUUGGUCAUAGCAAUGUCAAUAGUUGCCGGCUACCUCGUCCUUUCCCUUAUGUUCUCUGUCAUCACCAUCAUCCGCCCUAACUUCGCCAUAGCCAGAAUCCUCUUAUUCAUUUUCGACAUCGUGGUGUUGGCACUAGCCACGGCGUCUGCUGCGGCAGCGGCUGCCAUAGUUUACUUGGCUCACAAUGGCAACCGUAACACAAACUGGCAAGCCAUUUGCCAACAAUUUGGACAUUUUUGCCAAAAAGUGAGCGGAGCUGUGGUGACAUCUUUUGUUGCUGUUGUGCUCCUCAUGUUGUUGGUUUUAUUGUCUGGUUUUAAUUUUAUUUUAAAAAAGAAGUGAAAAAAAAAAUAUUUCUCAAAAGAUCAGAGAAAUAAAAAGAAAAAUGAGAUAUAGAUAUUGUUAAUUAUUUCCUACAAUUUUCAUAAGUGUGUUGUCUUAAUUUAUGGUGUCUUUUUAUUUUUAUUUUUUGUGUUAAGUUUAUUCAUAGUAAUUGUUAAAAUUAUCAUUGACAUUGUGAUUAUGUUGUACUUGAGGAAAUUGCAAUUA